GACAUCCCCCGCGCUCGGCAAGGCGACGAGCCGUUCCUGCGCGCCGUGGCACACAAGCUCGCGGUCGGCCUCCACGCCGCCCGGGACACCGCCUCGCUCGAGUACCGCACCGAACAGUGCGCGUUCGGGCUCACCCUCCUCCACCUCCACGAGAUCACAUGCGACGUCGCGCAGCUCGACGCCGCCCUCGGCGCCGCCGCGAUGGCCGUGGGCGCGCUCGAGGCCGCGGAGCUCCCGCCGUCGGCGACGUUCUUCGUGCGGACGUGGGUGUACGCCCAGCGCCUGCUGUCCAGGCACGGGGUCGGAGCGGAGGACAUCAGGCGCGCGCUCGACGCAGGCAAGAUGGUCCUCGCCUACUCCGCGGACCGGUUCGCUGAGGACGCCACUGGCCGGCGUAUGCUGUCGGUGGAGCUCGCGGAGACCCUGUUGGACCAGUAUCGCGUCGCGGGAGAGAUCGAGAUCUUGGAUGACGCCCUCGACCUCAUCUCGGAGCCCCAGGACGACACCCAGUCCCUAUGCCUUCGCGGGGAACUAUGUCUCGAGCGUUUCUACAGAUUAGGCGACCGUGAAGACCUCACGAGGGCGCUGGGCUUCGGCGCGCGGGCUCAAAGCCUCGCGACGGCCGCGGCGCACCCCGAUUCGUUGCGAGCGGCGCGGCUGCUUUCCUUGGCGGUGGCCGAACGGUUCAACGCCGUCAUGAACCUCGACGAGCUCGACCGGGCCGUUUCCUACGCCCGCGCCGCGGUCGCACAAUGCCGCUCGGGGCCUUCGCUCCGCUCGACUACGUCGACCGAACUCGCAUCCGCCCUGUUUCGACGGUACUCGGCCAACGGCAAACUGGCGGACUUGGACGAAGCCAUCCAGACUCUGCAACGCACGGCACACCCGUCGCCCGCUGCUCCUGGCCCUCACACCCGGAUUCCUCCAGAUGCGGUCCUCGGCCUUGCGCUCGCACACCACGGCGCGCACGCCGCCGUCAACAGCGCCGCCGAAGUGGACGAAGGCAUCCGCCUCCUUUCCGGCGCCCGCCGCACCUUUUCCGGCCGCGCGGACCUGCACGCCCAACUCUUCCGGGACCUCGCCUCGGCGCAUUUCCUGCGCUUCCAGCGCCAACACGCCCAGCAGGACAUCGACGAGGCCAUCCUCCACACCGAGUCCGCGCUCGAGCGCGUGCCCGCCGAAGACGCCCUCCGCCCCCCGCUCGCGCUGCAGCUCGCGCAGAUGCUGCUCGCCCGCCACGCGCUCAAGCCGUCGCCCGGCUACAUCGCCUGCGCGCUCGACCAGCUGCGCGCCGCCGCCACGUCCGCCGCCGCCCCGCCGGCAGUCCGCCUGCGCGCGGCGAUGGCGUGGGCGCGC